GUGAGGUCACAUCCGGGCAGGGCCGGAAGCGGCGGGUGCGCGGCCGGAUUUGAAUCGUACAGGGCCACGAGGCUGCUCCAGUACCGGGGCCGAGCCCCGCCCUAGCCCCAGCCCCCGCCAUGCCUAUCCGCGCCCACUGCACCAUCUGCUCCGACUUCUUCGACAAUGAGCGGGACGUGGCGGCCGUGCCCUGCGGCCACACCUUCCACCGGGCCUGUCUCAUCCAGUGGUUUGACACAGCACCGAGCCGGACUUGCCCACAGUGCAGAAUCCAGGUCAGCAAAAGACACAUCAUCAAUAAGCUGUUUUUUGAUGUUGCCCUGGAGGAGCAGACAGCGCUGGAUGCAGAGACCUUGCAGAAUGAACUGGACAAGGUGAAGGCUCAGCUUUCCAUGAAAGAGAAAGAGAAGCGAGAAUGCCAGGCUGUUGUGGAUGGGCUGAGGGACACCCUGGAUGUGCGCAAUGCCACAAUAGAGUCUCUCCAGAAGGUGCUGGGAGAGACAGAGAUGCUGUGCUCCUCUCUCAAGAAGCAGAUGAAAUUCCUGGAGCAGCAGCAGGAGGAUAACAGAAGUUCAAAGGAGGAGGCCCGCCAUCUGCGAAACAAGCUGAGAACCAUGGAGCGGAUUGAGCUGUUGCUUCAGAGCCAGCGCCCUGAAGUGGAGGAGAUGAUCAGAGAGAUGGGAGUCGGGCAGGCAGCGGUGGAACAGCUUGCAGUCUAUUGUGUCUCACUGAAAAAGGAGUAUGAAAACUUGAAGGAGGCUCGGAAGAUGUCUAGUGAGAUGACAGAGAAGCUGAAGAAGGAGCUGUUUUCUGUCAAUAGCAAGCUGCAGAAGACAGUUUCAGAGUUGGAGAAGGCAAAGGAGGAGUUAAAAAGCACGCAGAAGGAUCUGAAGAAUGCGGACAAGGAGAUCUUGAGUUUGAAGAAGAAGAUAGACAUCCUGCAGGAUACUCUGAAAGUCCCAUCUGUAACCAGAGAGACACUCAGUCGACUAGUCUUUGAAAGCCCUGCUCCUGUGGAACUGCGGCACCCAAAGCUCCAUCGCCCAGCCCACAGCGAUGAGAUCAAUCUAGAAGCUACUUUUGAUGUGGACACCCCUGAACAUCAGCCCUGCAGAUCUGUCUUCAGCCCUGCAAAAAGGCAGAAGCUGGAUAAAAAGCCGCCUCCUGUGGUAAACCUGGCAAAGCAAGCUCUGAAGGAAACAGCGGAGAACUGGGCAGAUGAUCUAGAGGAUGAUGCUCUUAAAGGACUCUUGCCAGCAUGCAUCAGGAACUCUGUCUUCUCCAAGAAGCCAUUUUUGGGUAGCUUGCUGGGUCACCACAAGAACAUGGGCACUGUGAGGAUGGGGUACGAUGGCUUGGGAGGCAGAACAAAGUUCAUACAGACUACAGACCUGGCAGAAAUCCGUCCAUUAACAAUGAGGAGCAAGAAAAAGAAUGUCUCCAGGCCAGCAUCUGCAGCUCCCUCUGCAUCUUCCUCCAGCAGCACCCAAGCCAGACUGGACAGUUUCCUGCAGUGAGAGACCCUGCCUUCCCAGGGAGCAGCUGGGUAGGGUGGCUGCAGGAUAGAGCACACUUGCCCAGAGCUUAGCACGAAGCAAUGCACAACCACUGCUGUGCAGGGGGCUACUAUUUGCGAAGCACUGAUGCUGCAUUCUGGGUGAGAUGAGCUGCUCUGGGGAGAAUCCUGGCCUUGCAGCAAGCCAACAGAAGACCAAGCCUCUGGCUAAAGCUUGGACUGAUUUACCCCUUCAUUUUACUCCUCCUUCCUUGUAUUUUCAUGCAGAAUAAACAGGAUUUUCUCAUC